AGUAAGCUUGCUUUUAAUAUUUUUUAUUGGAAACAGUUUUCUUGGUUGAAGCAGGGGAACAUCUCGACCGUUGGUUCCCGACCUUCUUCAUUCUUAACACGUUUCUUCAGUUAUUCUUCAUUCUCCUGAAACCCUAAUUUCUAAGCACCAGCAGCUUCUCCUCUACAACAUUCUGGUAUGCAAGUAGAAAGAAUGUAUCAUAGUUACAUGAAGAAUUAAUGUUAGAUUAGCAAUAUUUGGAUUUGUAUGAAGUGAGUUGGAUCAUCGAGAUGGCUACCAUAUCAUUAGUAGCUGGAAAUUGUGGAAGGGGAAGAGGAUGUGAAGAUGGUAGGUUUGAAUUCGGAUUGAACUCAUAUUUCGGGAAGGACUUUUUUGCUAGUGAAUUGCUUAUUAGAUCAUUUAGAAGAGGAAAUGGGUAUUGGUCAAAAGCUUUAAAAGGUUCUAGGAAUGACAAUGAGAAGAGGCUUCAUGUUAUUGCAAAAGUUAAGAAAGGGAAGAAGCAUGAUUACCCCUGGCCUGAUGAUAUUGAUCCGAAUAUCACGGAUGGACACUUAACUUACCUGUCUUACUUCAAGCCUUUGGAUGAGAAACCAAAACCGGUGACUCUACCAUUUGAGAAGCCACUGGUUGACCUUGAGCAAAAGAUUAUUGAGGUAUGUAGAAUGGCUGAUGAAACUGGUCUGGAUUUUACUGAUCAAAUUGGAGCUUUGGAAAACAAGUACCAACAGGCACUGAAAGAUUUAUACACACAUUUGACACCUAUUCAACGCCUGACCAUUGCUCGACAUCCCAAUAGACCAACAGUUCUUGAUCAUAUAUUAAAUAUCACAGAGAAGUGGGUGGAACUCCAUGGUGAUCGUGCAGGCUAUGAUGAUCCAGCUAUGGUAACUGGUAUAGGCAGCAUGGAUGGUAAGAGCUACAUGUUUAUAGGCCAUCAGAAAGGUAGGAAUACAAAGGAGAACAUUUUUCGCAAUUUUGCAAUGCCAACUCCCCAUGGCUAUCGGAAGGCUUUGCGAAUGAUGAAGUAUGCUGAUCAUCAUGGUCUUCCUAUUAUUACAUUUGUUGACACUCCUGGGGCCUUCGCUGAUCUCAAAUCAGAGGAACUUGGUCAAGGGGAAGCAAUUGCCCAUAACCUGAGGACCAUGUUUGGCCUUAAAGUGCCAAUUGUAACUGUUGUUGUUGGUGAGGGUGGUUCUGGAGGGGCGCUGGCCAUUGCUUGCCCCAAUAAAUUGUUUAUGCUUGAGAACUCUGUUCUGUACGUUGCAAGUCCUGAAGCAUGUGCUGCUAUACUGUGGAAAUCUUCUCAAGCAGCUCCUAAGGCAGCUGAAAAACUGAGGAUAACAGCUCAAGAACAUUACAAGCGCAAAAUUGCUGAUGGCAUCAUCCCUGAACCUCUUGGAGGUGCACAUGCUGAUCCUGUAUGGACUUCCCAACAAAUUAAACUUGCAAUCACUCAGGCCAUGGAGGAAUUAACAAAAUGGGAUACAGAAGAGUUACUUCGCCACCGAAUGCUCAAAUUUCGGUCAAUUGGAGGUUUCCAAGAAGGUAAGCCAGUGGAACCCGAAAGAAAACGCAACAUGAAGCCUUCUGAUGCCAGCAUGCUGAACGCUGCUGAUAUAGAAUCAGAUCUUGAGAGGUUAAAGAAGAAGAUUUUGGAGGCAAAGGCACCUUCUGAUCCAAUUGCAGACCAAGCAAUAGAAAAACUUAAGCAGGAUGUUGACAAGGAGGUUACCAGGGCAUUCAUUUCAAUGGGCUUGCAAGAGAAGCUUGAAUCACUGAAGUUGGAAUUAUCCAGAGCUCCUGAUAAUCAGCACCUUAAUCGUAAUUUAAAGGAGAAGGUGGAUAAACUGAUGCAUGAAUUUAAACAAAAUUUGUCACGGCCAGGGGCCUAUCUUGGUUUAAAGCAAAAGCUUGAAAAGCUAAGCAUGGUUAGCAGACUUGUUGAGCUGAAAGAGAAAAGUGAGAAACUGAAAACUGAGAUUAAUCAGAAGAUUCCGGCUGAGGUCAAGGCAAAGUUGGAGCAAUUGGAAAAUGCUCAGGAAGGAUUGUCGAAAGGGGAUCCACUGGACAAGGACUUGGUGGCAGAGGCAGUAAAAGCUAAGAAAGAACUGAUCGAAGUUUUGAAGUCAGCUAACCUGGAGAUUGUUGGAGUGAGAAAGAGAGAGGUCACAGCUGCACCUCCAGAAAUACAAGAGAAGGUUGUAAAUGUGAACAAAGAGAUCGGUGGAGAGAUUGAAAGGAUAAUUGAUGUAGCAGGUCUUCGUGGCAAAAUUGAGGAGUUGAAGGCAGAGAUGGCUAAAGGCUCCAGUUCACCAAAAGCAGAAAAACUUGAAACAGAGAUCAAGGAGGGGAUUCUUGCUGCCUUGGAUAACACGGCACUAAAACAGAAUGUUGAGAAGCUGAGAACAGAAUUUGCAUCAUCCUUGGAAAUAGCUACCAAUGAUAAGGUUACUGCUGAAAAUGGCAGAUGGUGAUAUAUAGCAUCUUACACAUACAAAGUAUGUAUGUUGCGAUUCGAUGUAUACAAUGAGUUUUUUUCAUUAAAACCACUAUCCUAUGUCAUUGAUGAAAUUAGUCGCGCGGUCCAAUGAUAUACGGUGUUGUCAUGGAGAACUUAAAGUAUGAUGCCAUGAAGGGAGGAGAACUGUUAAUCCAUGUAAGGUUAUCUUUUUCUUGGUAGAAAAGCAACUUACUAUGCUUCAA